AUGGCCCUCUUUGCCGGGCUCUCUGCAGCUCGUAUCUGGCAUACAUGGAGACAUAAAAGCUUCUGGAUUGGGUUAGUCUCUUCAUUGGGGGAGCAUUUGGCGAGUUCGGGGGAUGGCUCGCUCGCACUGUGGCCUGCUGACGUCCCUACUUGGUCCAAUGCUCGAAAUAAAGCUUGCAUUGUUGAUUAUGGGUAUACAUACUACCAUAUAUUUCCCCAUCUACUUCUCUCGCUUACUACCGCUGGAAUCUACGGCAUCCUCGGUCUGAUGAUCCCCAUCAUCGACCAAGACAAGUCGCGACUGUCGCCCAAGCUUUAUCUUGUCAUCUUCAUGACUGUCGAAUUCUUCAGUCUCCUCCUUCAAGCAGUUGGAGGUGGCGUCGCCGGUCUGCGUUCAGCAAAAACACAUCUCCAUGGCCAGGUACCUAUACCGUACAGGAAUCAUCUGGCAACUAGCAUCGACCUGUGUCUUUGCCACGCUUCUGAAAUACGUGAUAUUCCGGGGCGUAAUCGCAUCCUUCGAAACCCGGCGCUGCGACUUACCAGUCUUGCCCCGAUGAUCCCCGUGACAUGUAUGGUAGCCCGCGGUGUGGAUCGGAGCAUGGAGUUGAUGAAUGGAUGGCAUGGAUAUCUAUUCACCCACGAGGUGUUUGCGAUUGUAUUGGAUGCCGGGGCUCAUGUUUAUUGCGAGUCUGGCGAUUUUGAUUCCAAAGGCUAA